AUGACGACGACUAGCAAGGGCAAGGGCAAGCGAACUAAGCCUCCUGUCAAGGUAGCUUGUCUUGCUUGUCGAGCUUCGCGCAUUCGAUGUGACGGUAACAGCACCUGUGCGAAUUGUUUCAUCAAAGACGUUGCCUGUGUGUACACCAAGUCCAACCGCGGUGGCCCUCGAGUCUCGCGAAAAAAGGCCGCUCAACGUGCUCAACUUCAUGGCCAACGAGAGCAACAAGAGCAAUUUCUUCCCUUCGAGGACCUCACACAACUCGACCUAGCGAGUUCGAUAGACCCAUACCGGAGCUCAUAUGAUGACAUCUUCAGCGACAUCAUCAUGCCUAUGAUCGCCCCAGGGGCAGGAUUGAAGAGCCUAGACAGCGAUCAGAUUUUUGAUAGUAUAUUUGGCAACUCAGAAACCGAAUCUAGCUCGGAAAACUCCACUUCAAUCUUCAAUGAUAUCCAUGCAUCAGCAGAAUAUCGACUCCGGCCACGUAUGUACGGAAGCGACAAAGAUAUAUUGAAUGCGUAUUACAUCUACAUUCAUCCGUUUUUCCCAGUCUUGCCGCCGCCCGAGUCCGUGGUCUCAAUGGAUAACCCUUUAGCCGACAGCUCACGCGAGUUCGAACCUUCCUCUCCUCUGAGCCUGGCUAUAUCAGCUAUAUUGUCGUUGAUACCGAAUUGUGAUGAUAGUUCACCCCAAAGCCCAGAUUCCGUGCUGUUGCGGAGAAGGCAGUCCCACUUCUUCGCACAGUUGGCCAUGGAGAGCAUCGAGAUCGAGUCAGAAAUACUUGCGUCUACGACCUCACCUGCCGAGGCUCUCAGUAGCAAGCCAUCAUUGUUCAGAAGGGAUCUUUUCCAUCCGAAGACCCCCGUGGAGCUAGAGAGUAUCCUAGCAUACCUAUUGCUCAGCGGCUAUGAAUACGCACAAAGAGGAAACCUAGCAAAGAUGCGAAAUAGAGCAAGUCAAGCACUUGAUGCCGCAACCCGGUUAUCUCUACAAGAGGAUAUCACAGGUGUUGGCGAUAUCUAUCGUGAAGCAAAGCGGAGGGCUUGGUGGAUGACAUAUGUUUCUGUCCUGCAAUGCUCCAUAGUCUCCAGUACCGCGCCGAUAAUGGCAAUUGAUCAUCAAUCCUUCGCCACCCCGCUUCCGACGAUUAAAGCAGACCCUGGGGCCUGGAAGGAAUUCAUCGACGCCCAACAAAUGAUCUGGAGGUGCACAGAGUAUACGAUAUCCUUGAAACGCAUCCUAGAAUCUGGAAGAAGCCCUUCGGUGCUUGAUGCGCAGAUGAGAGCUCUAGAUCACGAGUUGGACUCACUGAUUGAAGGUCAAGAUCUGAAUCUAGACAUCACAUAUUGCGACCUUGUCGACGUCGAUGAGAGCGUGCUCGCAAGAUCGCUCCGAGCGCAAGCACAAAUCAAGCUUCAGAGCGCUAAGAUUAAGCUCCACCGAUACAGGGCAUUUCAAGAUGCUCCGCUUUUUACUCAGAAGCACUGCGAUCUCACGGAAAGAUCGAAGUUUUCCUCCAUCAAUACACCUCCCUCUUGCUGUAGCAGUUCGCCUUUCUCACAGAAUCCCAUCUCCUCUCCUGAUCGCAUGAGGCGCACCUCCUCCGCAUCUAGUUCCGAAGCAUCGUCACCCGGUGAAUCACCGCCCAGCGAUAUUCCAUCGAUGAAGCGCGUACUGAGUGCGCUCGAGAAUUACGCGAUUGCUUUUGAAGCGAUUGACGGGAUGAGAGGUCAAAUACAAGAGGCACUCGAAGCAGCUACCACUGAUGACGGAGCAACGUGGUAA